CAAAUAAUUUGACAACCGUAUUGUAGUGUAAAUUCAGAAUUGAUCAUUUACAAUAGCUAUUUUUACUAAUAUAUAUACAAUAAAAUCUUGUAAUGUACAAACUUUGACGGCUAUAUUGGAUAUUAAAUAUGAGUUAACUGACUGUUUUAUUUUCGAUCUAAGUAUACAUGUACCACAAGAGACGAUACAAAUAAAUUAAAUAUGAAUUAUUUGAGAUCACUUGCGUCGCGUGUUCGGCAACCUAUAUUGAAAAAAACUCUUAUUCGAAGCCCUAUUUUUCAAAAAAAUCCCAUUGAAAUUUCACGACAAUAUGUAUCACAAACAGAAGUUGAUGAUGAAAUGGAAAUAUUUGUAAGUCAACUUUGUAAAGGUGACAAAGAACUAGAAAAAAAAUUUAGAGUAUUAAUGCUAGAAGUUGAAGUAAUGCGUCAAGAUGGUCGCUUUGCUCCAGAUAAAAUCCAAUUGGAUCAGUGGGAACAUUUAUUAGAAUUACCUAGCAAAAAUCAACGAUCAAACUAUCUUACAUUUCUAUGGAAGACUGAAAAGAGAAAGGAAAACCAAAAAGCUAAAAAAGAAGCUAAAAGAAUUGAGUUUGAAAACUCACCUCCACAAGAAAUUAGGGAAUACCCAGAUGACUUAUCGUAUGGCAUUAAAUAUCAAUCAUUGUUUCUUCGCAUUCGUGAUCAGUCAAUCAACUAUUUCGACAAUUAUAGGGCUCUCCAAGCAAUGACUUAUGGACAAUCAGUUGUUAUUGACUGCUCAUAUGAGAAUCACAUGGUACGGAGAGAAAUAACAAAUGCUGCAAAGCAAAUGACUUUUGUCUUUGGUGAUAAUAGAAUACAUAAAGAUCCAUUUAAUUUACACAUUUGUAAUGUUAAUAUGAAAGGAGAAUUUAUGAAACAGUUAAAGAAAAAUAUACCAUCCAUAUAUGAACCAUGGUUUCCAUUAAACAUUCACACCACAAGCUACUUAGAUGUAUUUCCUAAAGAGAAACUUGUCUAUCUUACACCCCACUGUCGUGAAGAGUUAACAACAUUUGAUCCUGAUAGCGUAUACAUUAUUGGCUGUAUGGUUGACAAGAUUAAUAAUGAACCUCUCUCAUUAGCAAAAGCUAAAAAAGAUGGCCUUAAAAUGGCCAAAUUGCCUCUUGACAGAUACUUGGAAUGGGCCCCAGGUUCAAAAAAAAAUUUAAAUAUAAACCACAUGGUGCCUAUUCUUUUGGAUUUGAGACUGACUGGUGACUGGGAAUUUGCAUUGAGACAUAUCCCACGAAGAAAACUUAUGGAAACAAAAAUAAUGGCCAUGCAGAAGAUGUUACAAACUACUUCUUUACCCAAAAAAGAAAUAUUUAAAAAAUUCCAAGGAAUACCGAUGCAGAAAAAUUAUUUAACCCGUAAUGAAAAAAAGUUUAAAUCAAAGAGAACAUUAUAUGAUGAUGAUAAUUUUUAAAUAAAAUUUUUAACAAUGCAUUUUUAUUCUUUAUUUCAUAUUUUCAUUUCUUCUUAAGUCUUAAAAAUGUAUAUUACUUUACGAUAAAGGAUUUCUAUAAUUCAUUUUCUUAAGUAUUAACAAGUCUAAUUUUGUACAAUAUACAAAACAUAAUUAAACCAUAAAAACACUAUGUAUAUGAGAUGCAUAAGUGUUUAA